GUGGGGUAGGGGGGUACUCAAAUCGUCCCACCUACCUCUCUCCCAGUCAAGACGCUCCAAACUUUCGGAGCGCACCGCGGAAACUCUCCAAAGAGUUUUCAGCUCCUGCUUCAGGACUGCACCGAGUUAAAAGAGACAGACAAAGUUUAAGAUAGAAACAACUAAACUCAGCCGCGGAGAGCGUCGGGAAUGGCGAAGGGGCGGAAUGGUCCUCCAGCCGAGCGGCACAUGUGAGCCAAGAGGCCACCGGUAACGGUUUUUUUUAUUAUUUCAAAGCAGACUGGGACAGAGCAGUGAAAAGAGAGCAUAUAGGAGAGACAUAAAAGUCUCUGAGAGCUGACUGUCACAAGUGUCCUCUCACCUCGACACGAUGGUCUGUCUGCCGGGAUUCAGCUGGGUCUUCCUGAGCGCUCUCCUGCACACUGUGGCACCCUGGGACGCACACCGACCGGACAGACCGAGGCAGUGCGACGCACCAAAGUCGCAAAGUGACAUGAACUCUUUCCUGUGGAGAGUAAAGCGUGCUCCUCCUCACCCACCUUCUUACUUAUUUGGUACCAUCCACGUGCCCUACACUCGAGUCUGGGACUUCAUCCCAGACAGGUCCAAGCAGGCUUUCCACAACAGCCGCAAUGUUUUCUUUGAGCUGGACCUGACCGACCCUCUGACCAUCUCCAAGCUGACCAGCUGCCAGCUGCUCCCCCACGGGGAGAACUUGCAGACCCUGCUACCUCGUGACUUGUACCGCCGCCUCAAACGCCACCUGGACUACGUCAAACACAUGAUGCCUCGCUGGAUGACCCCUGACCAGCGUGGCCGCGGCCUGUAUGCUGACUAUUUGUUCAACGCCAUUGCGGGAAACUGGGAGAGGAAAAGGCCUGUGUGGGUGAUGCUGAUGGUCAACUCGUUGACGGAGUGGGAUGUUCGGUCCAGGGGGACGCCUGUGCUGGACCUGUUCUUGGCUCAAGAGGCUGAGAGGAUGGGUAAGACAACAGGGGCAGUGGAGCGGGUGGAGGAGCAGUGUCACCCCCUCAACGGGCUCAACUUCUCUCAGGUGCUAUUUGCUUUGAACCAGACAUUACUGCAGCAUGAGGGUGUCCGAGCAGGCAGCCUGCAGGGCUCCUACACCACCGAAGACCUUAUUACCCACUACAACUGUGGCGAUCUCAGCUCCAUCAUCUUCAACCAUGACACCUCACAGCUGCCUCACUUCAUCAACAGCUCCCUGCCAGCUCAUGACCGCAUGACGGCCCUGCAGAUUGACAGCUACUUCCGCCAGGAGCUCAUCUACAAACGCAACGAGCGAAUGGCUCGGCGUGUGUCCGCCUUGCUGCAGAGAAAUCCCAACCAGACAUACUUUUUUGCUUUUGGUGCAGGUCAUUUCCUGGGGAACCACAGUGUGCUGGACAUCUUGAGGCAGGAGGGCUACGAGAUCAUCCACAUGCCCUCUGAUCACCAAGAACCAGUCACCGAGAGUAAACCAGCUGAAGAGCCUACAGCGGGGUCCAGCGAGGACAGCACCGACACCAGUUGGCUGAGCAGUCCACCAGAAAUGGAGCUGGAGCUGGAGGACCCAGACAACAUGUCCGGCCUCGGAGAUGAGGAGCUGCCUCACAUGCUGCUCCCCGACAGCCUGAGCCAGCUGGAGGAAUUCGGACGACACAAACGGCCUCGCAAAGCUCACCGUGGCCAUGGGAGACCCCGCCUCUUCAGUGACCUGUGGGUUCGCAUUGGGGAUAGCACUACUCUACCACCUAACAUGAGGAUAAUCAAUGGCUACGUGACAGUGGAGCCUCCGCUGACCCAUCAAGAGCAGCGCAGACAGAUGGAGAUCUACGCCACAGAGCGACAUCCCAGUCCAGCUUCCUCAACUCCGCCUAACCCCAGCUCAGCCCAGCCAGCCUUAGUCCACAGCACACUCACACUGUCUUGUAUUUUAGCCUGGCUGUUAUCACACAUGCUGUUCAUCUCCUGACCACAAGACAGCCUUAUCUCACAGACAAACACUCAAGACCCUACUGCGUCCAUACCAGAGCAGUGGAAUGCACCUGAUAAACAAGGAAUGACCAUCAGCACAUGCAGAAAAGAGAUGGAGGUACGUCCUGAGGCAGGACAAAUCCUGCUGUGUGCCUCCACCUACAGGGAGAGAUCAGCUCCAGCCUGGUGAAAUGCCAAGUCUUUACAAAACCUGUCAAUUCUCAAAAUGUGUGGAAUAAGCUCUUAGCCAUGACACAAGCAACACGUGGACUGUGUUGGACUCUAAAGGGUGGAGUCCUCAAACCUCAUGAAAGUAUUAUGGUAGAAUAACAAACACAUAACACAAUGAAGACCUGUCAUUUUGAAGAGUUUGUGUGGUGGAAUCUUCUACCUAAUAAAAACUGUAAUACUGUAUAGAAAAAUAAGACUGACAUUAAUAAUGAGAAUAGAACAUACUAAUAACAGUUAUAACUCUGUGAUAAAUGAGUUGAAUGCAUACAGUCAAACAGUACUGUGUAGGAGGUGGAGCACUCAGUUGCUACUUUUGUAAAUUGUGCAUUUUGUUCAUAAAGAAAUAUUGUAUAUUUAUUGUUUCUGGAAGAAAAGAGUAUAUUUUCUUGCUUUUUGAAGGUAAAUGAAAAAAUAAACUUUGAAAACUA